GUUCCUUGGCUUCUUCGCUUUGGCUUAGAUCUACAAAAUCAAUUCCAAUUCUCUAGAUAUUUCUACCCAGAAAAUUUCACGUCACACAGUCCAAAUCCAAACCCCGAAAAAAUUGGAUACAUCUUUCAUGAAAUCAUACAAACCUUUGUAAACAAAAAAGAAGAAAAAGUACACCAAUUGUUUUAUCUGAUAAUAAAUGGCUAUUGUGGCAAAGGUACACGUGUCAACACUAGAGUGCCACCACUACUACCACCGUGGCAGCGGCCACCCACCGCUGUCCGGGAGAGUUCUCCCGCGAGUUGUGACUACGUGGGACCCUUUGAUUGUAAAGGGUCGUCGUAGAAUUGUUGUACAACCAUGCAGGAGUUUUAAGUCUGAGGAUGAGUAUGUGAAGGGAAGUGAAACCAAGAAACCUGUGAACAAAUUGGUUGGAGCUAUUAGGUCUGCUGUGUGGAGUUGUUCGAAGCCAAGUUUGAGAACCGAAAUUAAGUAUAGAGAAGCUAUUGAGAAGUUGGAGGAGAGAUUGUUCUUGUUGGCGUUAUAUGUUGGAAGAUAUGUCAUUACGAUGAUGAGCACAGGUGUUGUGAUGUUCAUUGGAUUUCAGCUGUCAGGUGGAGAUAGCCAGAUGAAUGAGUUGAUAUGGUAUAGCUGGCUUGGGGGAGUUAUUAUCGGGACUAUGAUAGGCUCCAAUUUGGUUUUGGAUGAAGUUGCUCGAGCUGGCCCGCGUAAUGUCGUUAUAACUGGAAGUACAAGGGGACUAGGGAAAGCUCUUGCCCGCGAAUUUUUACUUUCUGGAGACCGUGUCGUUGUUACCUCUCGCAGCCCUGAAUCUGUCGAUUUGACUAUCAAGGAGCUUGAGGAAAAUCUGAAGCAAGCUGUGAAUGCUGCCACUGGUUCUGCUAGGAAAAAAUUGGCACAUGCAAAAGUUGUUGGUAUGGCUUGUGACGUCUCUGAACCUCUUGACGUUAGAAAGCUGGGCAAAUUUGCUGCAGAUGAACUUGGUUACAUUGACAUUUGGGUAAACAACGCUGGGACAAACAAAGGUUUUCGACCCUUGCUGCAAUUUACCAACAACGAUAUUCAAGAGAUUGUCUCCACAAACCUGAUUGGUUCUAUACUAUGCACUAAAGAAGCCAUCCAAAUCAUGAGAACCCAAAGCAACGGUGGACAUGUCUUUAACAUGGAUGGUGCAGGUUCUGGAGGAUCUAGCACCCCUUUAACGGCUGUCUAUGGAUCAACCAAAUGUGGUCUCAGGCAGCUUCAAUCAUCCCUUCUGAAGGAGUGCAAGCGGACAAAAGUUGGGAUGCAUACGGCCUCUCCGGGCAUGGUCCUAACUGACCUUUUGCUGAGUGGCUCAACUAUCCAAAAUAGACAAAUGUUUAACAUCAUUUGUGAACAUCCAGAGACAGUUGCUAGAACACUAGUACCAAGGAUGCGGGUUGUAAAAGGAAGUGGAAGAGCCAUCAAUUAUUUGACUCCGCCAAGGAUCUUAAUUGCCUUAGUAACCGCAUGGUUGAGACGGGGCCGAUGGUUUGAUGAUCAGGGAAGAGCACUGUAUGCUGCAGAGGCAGAUCGACUCCGUAACUGGGCUGAAAACCGAACACGGUUUUCGUUCACAGAUGCCAUGGAGAUGUACACAGAGAAUACUUGGAUCUCUGUGUUCUCGCUCUCGGUGGUGUGUGCAUUCAUCAUAUUAUCAAGCACAGGUAGCACAUAGACCGGACUUAGAUGCUAAUCUCUACUGCCUAAAAUGGUUGAAUGAUAGGUAACCCAUGCUAACUCAUGUCACUCCAGCUUCUAAUUUGAUCAUAUAAAGAAAGUACAUAUCCUACUCGGAUGGGUGCAUGGCUGUAUCCAUUGAAUGCUUCAAAAUAUCAGCUACGCUAUGGCAUGAUUGUGUCUGUAUAUGAUAUUGGAUGUAUAGGAAUUUGACUUUUGUUAAGCGUAAAAAUGAAGGUAUCUCAUACUUCUUUUAGCAAGAAAUCAUUGUAAAAGUUAUUGCUAUUGUGAUGUUCUGAACCAUGGAUCUCUUGAAACAAGUUUUUCAUAUUUUUAUU